AUGUUUACUUCCUGUCGUCACCGUGCCACCAUCGCACUCACCCUGUUUGUGGUGGCAAUAAUUCAGCUUGCUGCAUGCACUGAGGACGGAAAUGCCUCGUGGAAUAUCAGCACAAUGGACCUUUUGCGUGUACAACUGUUUACGAAUUAUGAUAAGAGUGCGCACCCCAUGGUUACACCCACACAGCGGACAAAUAUUACAUUGGGCAUAUCCGUCAACUAUAUCGAUAUCGACGAAUUGAAGGGCAGGAUGACGCUGCAUGGCUGGAUUAAUAUGCGCUGGAGGGACGGUGGAAGGACAUGGAAGCCGGAAUUUUUUGACAAUAUAACCACAUUGCAUAUACGUGCCAAGGAGGUGUGGAAACCGGACAUAACAUUGUUCAAUAGCGCUGGCAGUGAAGGUGAUUAUGUGGGCGAUACACAGGCAAUGCUCAGCUAUGAUGGCAGUUUCCUAUGGGUGCCUCCCGUGGUUUAUACCGCCUACUGUAAUUUAAAUCUUAAAUUGUGGCCCUAUGAUCAGCAAACAUGUAAACUGAAAGUGGGUACCUGGACUUUGACUACAAUCGAUGCGAAAUUCCUCGACUUUAAGGAGAGUAUAGACUACAAGGAUUUGGUCAAAUCCACGGAAUGGGAUAUUAUUGAUGCACAGGCGACCUACAAUAGUGAAGAAUUCUACAACUAUAUCGAGUACAGCUUUACACUACAACGAUAUUCGUCUAUGUAUACGACAGUCAUUUUCACCCCAGCAUCCUGCAUUAUACUAAUGUGCCUAGCAAUUUUCUGGUUACCCCCACAAAUGGGAGAGAAAAUUUUACUCAAUGCCGUUUUGAUUGUCAUCAUUGCCGCCUUUCUUAUGUACUUUGCCCAGAUGUUGCCCAUAUUGGCGGAAAAUACUCCCCUGGUGGUCCUAUUCUACAGUGCCAGUUUAUUGCUGCUUAGCAUAUCGACAGUGGUAUCGGUUAUAGUGCUAUAUCUAUCCACUGCCAAACACAAGCAACGUGUACCUCAAUUUCUUAGAAAUAUCCUCAAUGGGGUCUUAGGACGUAUUUUACUGCUGAGUGAAUUCUCGCUAGAAGCCGAACCACAAACUCUAUUGAAUAAUGGUACCAAGGAAUUGGGAGAGCAUGUCUACGAUGAACCGGUUGAGACCACCAAUGAUAUCGCCAUGUUUAAUUCGUCCAAUCACACACCGAGAUCGUUACAAUUCGAUUGGAUUCUAUUAGCAACUGCAGUUGAUCGCAUUUGUUUCCUAUUGUACUGUCUCAUAUUUAUUAUUCUGGCCAUUGCCUAUUCUGUGUAG